UUCUUAUUUCCUUAUCUAUCGCCAUUCACCUAUUCUUCCUUUCAGAUAUAAUGACUUUUAAUUCUUUUGAUACUGCCUACAACACUAGAUUUUUCUCAGUACUGUGUCUUUUACCCUUCGAACUACCCCUACCCUUACAUACGCAUCGCCAAUUUGUUUUCUUUCUAGUUAGAUUUUCAAAUACUUGGUCACUUGGUUUUAGUCUUUUCGAGUCUUCGUACGUUCCAGUAUAGUACUUCCAGUUUCAAUUUAGUGCUACUUCAACUUAAGCACGUUACUUAUUUGCAGUGCAUCUGUAGUUCACUUUGUAAAUUUUUCUUCGCGUCCGUUUCGCUGUUGGUAUUGAAUUUUAUAAAACUUCGUUCAUUUUUUUCGUAUCGGUUCCGCCGUUGCUCAUUUUUUUGUGUAAUUUAAUAUACAUCUAUUUCUACAAACUCGAAAAAAUCAUGGCAUGGUUCGUCGGUACAAUGAUCAGCAGAGACUUCGAGGGUCAAAUCGCAGAUUUGGAGGCAGAAAUAUCAAACCGAGAGCUGAAAGCACCCGAGGCGAAAAUAUUCUACGAUCAUCUUACAUUAGUGCACCGAAAAGUAUGCGCUUUUGAAACCGACGUAAAAACAUUACAGUAUGGCCCUGGCAACACCAACAACCAACUGCCCAACUGUUUGAAUGCAAUUCGUAAAAUCCAUUUGAGGGCGUUAAACCUUAAAAUCAAAUUGACCGAAAUCAUGCCUGCGAUCGAAUCAACAUCUUCGAAUGAAACCAACGAAGAUAAACAACCCGAGGCCGAAGCGACGAAAAAAUCAGAAAAGCCAAAGUCAAAGACACAGUUUGUAUCGACAUCUUGGACAGAAUCCUUCGAAAGUUUUGCAUCAUCUCUGUCAGAAUCUUCGAGCGAAUCUGAGGAAUCGUCCUCUGAAUCUGACUCUGAGAUAAUCGAACCUAAAACAUCAUCUACAAAAACCAAUUCAACGGAAUUGAAAAGUGUUUGCACUCUUAAAUCCAUCGAAGUGAAAUUAUCUAAUCUGGAAUCUUUGUGCGAAGACAUAUUGGAAUUAAGAUCAGAUCACGAUGAUAAUUGGACUGAUACCAGCAGUAGCAGCGACGACUCUAUUGAUGAUACUUAUGAGCAAUACGAAAACAUCAUAAAGAAGAUAACUUAUCUGGAAACAACCCAGAGUAACAAUUUUUUAUAUCAGGGAAUGAUUCUGUUUAUUUUUUUCAUUUUGCUAGUUAGCAUUGUUUUCGUGCCUUAACGUAAUUUAUACCUACUUAAGUGCGAGUACGUAAUUUAAGAAUCUUUUAGCUAACUUUUUUCACGAUAGGGUUAGUAUUUCUCAAAACGAAAAAUUAUUGAUAAGCCGAGAAAAAAUCCUGGAUGUGAAUAAAUCCCAGAAACAGAAUUAUAAGGCCAAAAAAAAUCACCCGGUUUCAUUUUUUAGUAAUAAUUAGUACCUACCUAGCUUAAGUAUAGUAAUAUUUUCAUGAUUAAUUCGUCAAACUAUAAAAAUGAUGUACAAUUUAAUGUAAUUUUAUUAUUUUAGUAUCCUUUUAUAAGAGUUUAAUUGUGGUCGAGUGGCAUAUUCAAAUGUAAUGCAGACGACUCAUUUUUAUGACUCUCAUAAAUGUAAACGAAAAACGUAUUGUUAAAUAAUAUUUUAAAAUAAAUAAUUAUAAUCAUACUUAU